AUGAGUAACAUGAAAGCUGUUUUUGGCACUAUGACUGUCGGGAGACCUGGCCUCGAGGGUGCUCGAAUUCACACCCUAGAAGACCUCUCCGUUAUGCUCGAUUGUUUCCAAAGACACGGCCAUUCGGAAGUGGACACCUCUCGUGUCUACGCGGCGGGCUCGUCAGAGGAGUAUCUCGGUAACUCUCAAUGGCAAGGUCGUGGUCUAAGGAUGCAAACGAAGGUUUAUCCCACAGCAGGGAAGGGAUUGGAAAACCUUACGCCUGAGAUAUACACGCAUUCCCCGGAGGAUGUACGGGAAAGUCUGAAGCGGAGCCUCGAUGCGCUCAAGGCGGAUAAGAUUGACAUAUUUUAUCUACACGCGCCGGAUCGAAGUAUUCCCUUCGAAGUCACCCUACGUGAGGUGAACCAACUCUACCAAGAAGGCCACUUUACCCGGUUUGGAAUCAGCAACUUCAUGUCCUGGGAAGUCGCUGAGAUCUACGAAAUCUGUUCCAAGCACGACUGGGUCAAGCCCAGCGUCUACCAAGGGAUUUACAAUGCUCUGCAUCGCGCCAUCGAGCCAGAACUCAUCCCUUGUCUCCGCUUCUACGGCAUCUCCCUUUAUGCGUUUCAACCAUUGGCAGGUGGAUUUCUCACCGACCGGUACCAUCGCGAUACCAAAGAAUUUGUCGAGGGUUCACGAUUUGACCCAAAGCGGUGGCAAGGACGGGCGCAGCAGGGGAGGUACUGGAACGAAGCAUACUUUGAGGCUUUGGAUAUUAUCCGCCCUGUCGCGAAAAGUCACGGUCUCACGGAGUCAGAAUGUGCAUUUAGGUGGUUAUCUCAUCAUUCUGGGUUGAAAGGGGAGCUUGGCGAUGCCGUUUUGAUUGGAGCUAGUAGCUCCGAACAACUUGAGAAAAAUCUAGCGGAGUUAGAAAAGGGACCACUGCCAGAGGACAUUGUGCAGGCUCUAGAUGAUGGAUGGCUACGGGUCAGAGCAGGUGUUUUCAAGUACUGGCAUUAA